AUGUUGACCUCGACCCUUCGCGCAAGGUCAUCGGCCUUGCCACGCUCAGCUUUUGUAGCCAGCACGUUACCGAAGCGAACGUUUGCCUCUACCAGCUCUCGACUGAUCCAAGCGUCGAAAGUGUUUCCGUCUGCCGACGAGGCGGUCAAGGAUAUCCAACCCGGUUCUACGCUGCUCUCUGCCGGAUUCGGACUAUGUGGUACUCCCGAAACGCUCAUCGGCGCCAUCUCGCGUCACCCGCACAUCAACGAUCUCACCGUCGUCUCGAACAAUGCCGGCACGGGCGAACUAGGUCUUGGAAAAUUGCUCAAGUCCAAACAGAUCAAAAAGAUGAUCUCAUCUUUCAUCGGUGGUAACAAGUACUUUGAAUCCCAGUACCUCACCGGCCAGGUGUCGUUGCAACUCACACCACAAGGAACACUGGUGGAGAAGUGCAGGGCUGGCGCUUUCGGUAUCCCUGCAUUCUACACUCCUACCGGCUACGGCACAGCGGUUCAGACGGGCGAUCUAGUGGUACGAUACGAGAAGCGCGAAGAAGGAUCCAACGAACCUCUCAAGGCAGCCGAGAUGGCCAAGCCGAAAGAGCAACGUUGCUUCAACGGUCGUAACUACAUUUUGGAAGAAGCUAUCUACGGCGAUGUUGCUAUCAUUCACGCUUGGAAGGUCGACGAAGCUGGCAACGCCGUUUUCCGAUACGCUGCCAACAACUUCAGCGCUCCGUUUGGUAAAAAUGCCAAGAUCACGAUCGUGGAAGCCGAGGAAAUUGUUCCCGUCGGAACGUUGAAUGCGAACGAGAUCCAUUUGCCAGCCAUCUUUGUCGAUCGUAUCGUCAAGUCGCAGCACGAAAAGAAGAUCGAGGUCAAGACGGUUUCUGAUGCACCCAAAGCUUCGAGUGGAGGAGCCGACGCGGCUAAGCAGGAGGCCAAGGAACGACGCAUUCGAAUCGCCAAACGCGCUGCUAAGGAGGUUCAGGACGGCGAUUACAUUAACUUGGGUGUUGGAAUGCCGAGUCUGGUUCCCAACUACCUGCCAGACGGAGUGAAUGUGGUGUUGCACUCGGAAAACGGAAUUCUUGGUAUGGGGCCUUAUCCCAAGACCUCGCAGAUCGACGCUGACAUCGUCAAUGCGGGCAAAGAGACGGUUACGUUGCUGCCCGGUGCAUCGACAUUUGACUCUUCCGAGAGUUUCGGAAUGAUCCGCGGUGGACACAUCAACGUGACCAUGCUCGGUGCGCUCCAGGUGGGAGCCAACGGUGAUCUGGCCAACUACAUGAUCCCUGGUAAAAAAGUCUCGGGUGUCGGUGGCGCCAUGGACCUCGUCUCGAACCCGAGCAACACCAAAGUGGUUGUCGUCACCGACCACACCGACAAGAACGGCAGAAGCAAGAUCGUCGCUGACUGCAAACUUCCACUCACAGGCUCCAGGUGUGUUUCGCGCAUCGUCACCGACCUCUGCGUCUUCGACGUCGACAGAGUCGGAGACGCCGGCUUGACCCUCAUCGACCUCCAGCAAGGCGUAACAGUCCAGCAGGUCAGAGACAAGACCGAUGCCCCCUUCAAACUGGGCCCCGCAAUUAAACAGUAG